AUGCACAUAGAGAAGAACAUAGUUGAUAGCAUACUUGGAACUCUUUUGGAUAUUCCUGGCAAAACAAAGGAUCAUGCAAAAGCCCGGUAUGAUUUGAAAGAGAUGGGAAUUAGAAAGAAUCUUCAUCCAAAAGAUACUGGAGAUAAUAAAAGAACAAAGUUUGCAAAAGCUUGCUUCUCAAUGACAAAUGGAGAGAAAUCAGUUUUUUGUGGAGUUUUAAAGACAGCCAAGCUACCUGAUGGUAGUGCCUCUAAUAUAUCUAGGUGUGUGCAAUUGGAUGAAAGAAAAUUGUCUGGUUAUAAGACCCAUGAUGCUCAUUUCAUGUUACAUUACUUACUUCCAAUACCAAUUAAAAGCAUCCUUCCGAAUCAUUUGGCUAUUCCUUUGAUUCGUCUAUGUUCCUUCUUCCAACGUUUGUGUAAAAAAGUUAUCAUAUUGGAGGAACUAGAUUGCUUAGAAGUAGAGAUUAGGGAAACAAUAAAUCAGUUGGAGCAAAUUUUUCCUCCGUCAUUUUUUGAUAUAAUGAUUCAUUUGCCUAUUCAUUUGGUGAAUGAAGUGAGAUUAGGCGGUCCAGUUCAGAACCGAUGGAUGUAUUCCACUGAAAGAGAAAUGGGUACAUUCAAAUCAUAUAUCCGCAACAGACGUUAUCCAGAAGGUUGCAUAGCAGAGGCGCGUGUGGGAAUAGACUUGAGUUUGUUUCCUAAAAAGGGAUGUCCUUUAGGAGCAAAGAAAACUGAUCCAGUUAGUUUAGAUAACAAGUCACUAAGUCAGGCACAUGAAUACUUAUUGGGAAAUUGUGAUGAGAUUCAAGAAUAUAUUAGAGAGCAUGAGCAAGAGGUUAAUAAUCAUCCACGAAGAUCUAAAUGGAGCAAGGCCAAGGAUCAUUGUCAAAACUUCUCUCAAUGGUUUGAAAUUCGUGCUUUGCAAGAGGAUGUGCCUGAUUUGAUAAAAGAAUUGUCUAGAGGACCAAAUUCUGUUGCUAAAAGAUACUCUGGGUAUCUCAUUAAUGGAUAUAGAUUCCAUAUUAGGCAACAUGAUGCAAGGCAUAAAACACAAAAUAGUGGUGCUACAGUUGUUGCCUCAACUACAAGCUUUGCAAGCUCAAAAGAUAAGAACCCGAUUGCUGCAGAUUUGACUUAUUAUAGUAGAAUAGUUGAUAUAGUUGAGUUAGACUACUUUAGUCAUUUUAAGGCUGUUCUGUUUAAGUGCGAUUGGUAUGAGGUUGAAAAAGAUAUUUAUGUCCUUACUUAUGUCUAUUUUAACAAGAGAUGCUCUCAGGAAGAGCCUUUUGUGCUUGCAUCUCAAGUACAUCAAUGCUUCUAUGUGCAAGAUCCAUAUGAUCAAGAUAGACAUUAUGUUAUGAAGACUGUUCCGAGAGACUUAUUUAACAUGAGUGAUGAAUUUGAAUCUGAUCUCCCACAAAGUUAUGAAAAUGAGUUCUCUGAACACUUGAUGGGACCAUCCAUACCAGAAGAUGAUGGUGAAGUUACCUUAUUAAGGACUGAUGUACCAGAAACUGUUAUUGAUUUUGAAGAUGAGUCUGAAGAUGAGUCUAAAGAAGAGUGUGAAAACGGGUCUGAAAAUGAGUAUGAAGACGAUUCUGAAGAUGAGUCGGACGAUGAGUCUGAAGAUGAGUUUGAAGAUGACACACCAUGA